AUGACAUACUUAGAUGGUCCUCAUCAUCGUAACGGGGACACUUUGUUUAACAUGAAUGACGUCUCUGAGUCCCAGCUGAAAAUGCCUCCUCUUUCUCCUGCCAAUAACAAGAACUUCCUAUCAAGAAGUCCUUUAAGUCCAGGUCAUCCAUCGCUUAUGAAAUCUAUUACAGCACCAGUACUCUCAAGCGCUAAGACAUACGAGCAGAGGUUCCUUAAGCCUGAUGGUGUACAUAUAAUAUCGCCUUUAGAGUUGGGCAAACUCAUCACUACUCAAGAACAAAGUUCAUUACUCAUACUGGAUUUACGAUCGUUUACAGAUUACUCCAAAUCGUUUAUUAAACACUCUUUGCAUAUUUCUCUACCGUCUACAUUACUGAAGAGAAAGAACUUCACUUUUGAAAAAUUAUUACAGAAUUUAACUCCCAGUGAACAGCAGUUGCUCAAUACUAAGUUCGAUCAUUUAAAUGGUCUGAAAAUUAUUGUCUACGAUAAUAGUACCAUUCAAGAUGAUAAUUCAAUAUCACUGGCAUGUUUCGGUAUCACUUCGAAAAUCUUAAAUUACCCACUUUAUAAAAAAGAUAAAAAUAGCGUUUCUGUCUUAUCUUCAGGUUUCUUUCAAUUCGAAAUAUUAUUCCCAGAAUUAGUAAGUGAUAUUAUUUUACCGGACUCAUCAAUCGAUACUGCAAAUUCUAUUGAAGAUAUAAGCAUGUCGGAAACUAAUCUCUCGAUCAGAUUAUCAAGCAUGAAUAUCUCCACAUCACCAUCAAGUCUGGCUACUCCACAGAAGAAUUUCGCUAAUGAUUCACCCAUAUCGGCCUCCUCACCAAUAUCUGCAUUAUUCAAGUUCCAAUUACCUUUCACGAAAACCAAUGCCUCACCAUUCAAAAUUCCUCAAAAUGAAGAGUCAAUGAAUCUAGAAUCAUACUUAAAUGCUGUAAAUAUCAAAGAGGAAUACUCCAGGUGGCAACACCGGAAGGAAAAUCAAGGUGGUAACAGUUUACACACUUUCCAGUUCCCAAAGAGAACUGAAACAGAUCAAACCGGUAGUAACAACAAAAUCGAUGAGUUCAAAGAUAAAUUAAGCGUUCAAAUAAAAUAUUCAAAUUUAGUAUCUAAAUAUUCACAAGAAGAAAUCGACUCCAAUAUACCCAAAUGGUUCCAAGAAUUAAUGAGUAGGACAAAAGUUCAAUUUGCAUCACAAUUCCAAAAAUUAGACAUCUUGGAAAAGAAACGUUUAAACAGUUCAUUGUCUAUGAAAAGCAGUACACGAAGUAGUCGUGACAGUAAAGGUUCUAUAUUCGCCAUGGAUUUUAAAUAUCCAGGCCAUUUACAAACAAGUUCUGACGUCACGAUGUCGUCGAAUAAUUCAAUUAGUAUACAGUCAAUAUCGCCUACACCAAAUCCAUCAUUGUCCAAUAACAAGUAUGGUCAUCAAAAGAGAUCCCAUUCUCAACCAUUCCUUCUAUCUUCUAUGAAAAAAAAAUGGUUACACGAUAUUAAUAAUUCUGACGAGGAUGAUGAAGAGGACAAUAUCGUCAUCUCAUCGGGAGUCGAAUUAGGUUCCAAAAACAGAUAUAAAGAUAUAUUUCCUUACGAGCAUACAAGGGUUAAAUUGAGGAAAAGAAGCAGAAACGAAUUUUCAUCUAUAUCUUCUAUCCUAUCAAAUGAAUUAAAAGAGAAUAUUGAAGAAAAUGAAGAGUUAGAUGAAGUAAGAGAUAAUCUUGACAUUUGGGAUAAUUAUAUCAAUGCUAACUACCUAAAAUUGCCUGAACUUACAUUGGAAAACGAAUUAAGAGAAAACUUGGAAUUCAGUCCACUACCUCCUGUGUCAGAAAAAGUUCGUUAUAUUGCAACUCAGGCGCCUUUGUUGAGUACUGUACAUGAUUUUUAUACAUGUAUUCUCAAUGAUAGAGUUCCUUUGGUUAUUGCUCUUACUAAUGAAGUAGAAAAUGGACUUGAAAAAUGUUUCAAGUAUUGGGAAGAAAGAGAUUAUAAUGGUAUUAAGAUUGAACUAUCUGAAGAAUUACAGUUGAUUGAAUCUAAUGAUAACGUCAUUUUGAGAAAGAUUAAGUUAUUGUAUGAUAAUAAUACGAAGACUUAUGAAUUACUACAAUUACAAAUUAAAAAUUGGCCAGAUUUAGGAACUUUGAAUGAUCCAUUGGAAAUUAUUCAAGCGGUAGUAUUCAAAAAUAUUCUAAUUAAAACGCUCUUUGAUAAAAAUGUGUUCCAAAAAGAUUUCCUACCCACAGUCUUAGUACAUUGUUCUGCUGGAUGUGGGAGGACUGGGACUUGGUGUACAAUUGAUUCGAUUCUGUCCAAUCUAGAUAAUUUUGACAUUUUAAGAAACGAAUUUAGGAAAGGAUCAUCGGAAAACAAGUUAUAUGAUCCGGUGGCUUGGACAAUUAAUGUUUUUAGAAAGCAGAGAAUAUCAAUGGUUCAGAAUAUCAAUCAAUUUUUGUUUAUUUAUGAUUCUUUAUUGCAUUUUUUUACCUUAAAGAUAAAUGAUGAUGUAUAUCAAAAGACGCAAGAUAAGCAAGAUGCUGAAAACUCAAUGAUGCUUUUAUUAGAAAAAUUCAAAGAUCUUAAUAUAAUUGAAAGAUUUGUUGAAAGCAAAAUAACUGAACCAUUACCAAUUUUUGUAUAG